AUGCUUUAUAAUUCUAAUAGUUGUGAUACUAAAGAGGGAGAAAUUACUACUGUGAAGGGUACGAAAUAUAGAGUGACACCUACUUUCUUUUCUUAUCAAUUACCUCCGAAGCUAAAAUUCCUUAGCAUUGCUGAUCAAAAAGUGUAUAUUCCAUUAGUAGAUAACAGGUACGGUAUAACAUCUAAGAACUCAUUAACACAUGUACAUAUUCAGGGAAAUCUGAUAUAUGAUAUUCAACAUUUUAGUGGACUUUGGCGUCUAGAAUAUCUUGAUCUCUCAAAUAAUUUCUGCUUCAACAUUACGAAACAGUCAUUUCAGGGGAUGGGAAACCUGUUAUUCCUGAACUUAUCAAGAAAUCUUUUAGGAAAGGAAUUAAAGCGUCAAUCUGGGGAACAUGUCUUUGAUCACCUCCGUGGUUUGAAGGUUCUGGAUCUGUCCUUCAACUGGAUAACCUACUUGCAUAAAGAUAUAUUUAUAUUUGCGUCAAAUAUUGAGCACCUAAACUUAAGUAAUAAUGAUUUAGAAAGUGUCACAUUUGAUUUAUCAGGUGCCCUUAAAUUGCGUAGCAUAGAUUUAUCUUCUAAUAAAAUUUUGAUUUUGGAUUCGAAAUCAAUGGACUUCUUAGAUGCUUCGAGAGAGAAACAACUCUUUAUCCAGAUGUCAAGCAACCCAUUUCAAUGUACAUGCCAAAGCAGGGAAUUCUUAAAAUGGAUGAAAGAUUCUUUAAAUAAACACUUUGUUGACAAAGAGAAUUAUACUUGCAUGUUCACAGAUAGAAAAAGGAUUCAUUUGCGCAAUUUGGACAAAAUACUUUCUUCUUUAGAGCUUGAAUGUGCGUCGUUUACAACAACAAUAGUCAUAGUAACCAUUAUUUUACUGGUCACAAUUAUUCUUAUAUCCUUUGCAAUAAUGUAUAGGUAUAGAUGGAAACUGCGAUACUUGUAUUACGCUGGUAAGAGAAGUUAUAGUGGAUAUUCAAGGAUCUUUGAUUCAGGAAGAGAGUAUCAAUUUGAUGCUUUUAUUUCUUAUGCUGAAAGUGAAAGAGCAGAGUUUAUACCAAACCUUUUGAAGCUUGAAAGAGAAAACAACUUUAAAUUUUGCAGAUACAGUCGUGACUUUAUAAUUGGUGUUAACGUAGCAGAAAAUAUUACCAAUGCUAUUCACAAUAGCAAGGGUACUGUCUGUUUUCUUAGUAAAGCUUUCUUAGAAUCUGAAUUUUGUAUAUACGAGGCUCAAAUGGCUCGAAUGGAAAGUAUUUAUAGAGGAGGGGAAACAAGUUUAAGAAUUAUUCUUGCAGACAAAGAUUUUGGAGAUGUAUUGCCGAAAUUUCUAAAGGAUAUCAUAAUAGAACAGACAUAUUUGGAGUAUGAUAAAGAUAUUCAAGAAGAGUUCUGGAUUGCUUUGACUCAGGGACUAAAAGAUAUGACAACAACUAUAGUCAUAGUUACCAUUAUUUUACUGGUCACAAUUAUUCUUAUAUCAUUUGCAAUAAUGUAUAGGUAUAGAUGGAAACUGCGAUACUUGUAUUACGCUGGUAAGAGAAGUUAUAGAGGAUAUUCAAGGGUCUUAGACUCCGGAAGAGAGUAUCAAUUUGAUGCUUUCAUUUCGUACGCUGAAAGUGAAAGGACCGAGUUUAUACCAAACCUUUUGAAGCUUGAAAGAGAAAAUAAUUUUAAAUUCUGCAUACACAGUCGUGACUUUAUAAUUGGUGUUAACGUAGCAGAAAACAUUACCAAUGCUAUUCACAACAGCAAGCGUACUGUCUGUUUUCUGAGUAAAGCUUUCUUACAAUCUGAAUUUUGUACAUAUGAGGCUCAAAUGGCUCGAAUGGAGAGUAUCUAUAGAGGAGGGGAGACAACUUUGAACAAUAUUCUUGUGGACAAAGAUCUUGGAGCUGUCUUGCCGCAAUUUUUGAAGGACGUAAUCAGAGAACAGAUAUAUCUGGAAUGAUAAUGAAGUUCCAGAGGAGUUCUGGAAUGCUAUAACUCAGGCAUUAAGAGAAAUAUAGAAUGAGGUCUUCGUAUAUAUUGAAAAAAUAUUACUGUAGAAAAAAUACUAGUGUUCAAAAAUGGUCAGACCCGUU